AUGAUGAAGCACUCCAUUCUUGCGCUACUCUUUAUGUUUCUCGCUGUUCUUAAUUGUGCUCAAGCUCAAGAUGAGGCUUCAAACAAUGUAGAACAACUUCCGGCCGGAGCGAUACUCAUUGGUGACGAGGAUCCAAUUCCUGAAACGAACAAGGAACAUUUCGUAGGAGGCCGUGGUCGAUUUUUCCGUCACCGCUUCCGAUUUCCAUAUGCUGGUGGCUUUCGCUUUGGAUGGCGGUAUCCUCUCGGCUACUGGAAUACAAUCGGUCGUCCCAUCUAUGGUCCAACCUGCCUAUUUGGUCGUCCUUUCGGUGGCUUUUUCUUUUGCUAA